AUGGGCCCUAGAAAAUAUGAGUGCGGGGAUGCGAAAAGAAAGAAAAAACAAAGAAUAGAAGAGUGUACAAACUCGCAAAAGGAUGAUAUUUUUAAAUUUUUUCCGCAUAUAAACCGAGUUCAAGAUGAAGUUGUAGUUGAAGAUGAAGUUGUGGCUGAAGAUGAAGUUAAUUUGGAAGAAGUACACGAGAAUGAGGUUGACAAUGAAGAAGGCAUUCAUGUUGUUGUCGAUAAUGAACAAAAGAUCCAAACAAAUAAUAUCGAAAUUGGAGACGCUAGUGGGCUACCAUUUGAAGAAGCAAAAGAAGAUACGGAACAGUUGAACAUAGACGACCCGGUAAAUUGGAUUAAGCUAGAUCAGAAAAUGAAGGACUUGAUAGUAGAAAGAGGUCCUAUACGAGCUGCGGAUAUCAACUUUGAGUACCCUCUUGAUGAUCAAGGUAGACAUUUCUCUUUUGUGCAUUAUACGCAACAACUAACAAAUGGAGAAAAACAAGAGAGGAAAUGGUUAGUCUACUCAAAACUUGGAGAUAAGAUAUUUUGUUUUUGUUGUAAAUUGUUCAAGCAAGAUGGAGUUAAAGUGCAAUUGGCCACGGAAGGUUUUAAUGCUUGGAAAAAUAUUUCAAGCAGGCUAAAGGGUCAUGAAUGCAGUAACGAUCAUAUUAUUUGCAUGUGUCGGUGGAUUGAAACUGAGACGAGAAUGCGUAAAAGAGAAACAAUUGAUAAAUCUUUGCAAGAAAAGAUGAAUAGAGAAAAGGACUAUUGGCGACAAGUCCUAUUAAGGAUAAUUGCUCUUGUUAAAACUCUUUCACAGCAAAACUUGGCAUUACGUGGUAGUAAUGAGACACUUUUCGAAGAUGGCAAUGGAAACUUUUUGAAAUUCAUUGAGAUGAUGGCAAUAUUUGAUCCUAUAAUGCAGGAGCAUGUCAGGCGAAUACAAAUGAGUGAGAUUCACACUCAUUAUCUUGGUCCCAAAAUUCAAAAUGAAUUGAUCCAAUUAUUGGCAAACGAGGUCAAGUGCACGAUAGUGGAGAAAAUAAAAAAAGCAAAAUAUUUCUCAGUUAUACUUGAUUGUACUCCAGAUUCUAGUCAUGAAGAACAAAUGACUCUUGUGAUUCGAUGUGUAGAUGUUACGGUAAGUCCAGUGAAAGUGGAGGAGUACUUCUUGGGCUUUCUCAAAGUAGAUGAUACCACAGGACUUGGACUUUUCAGCGAACUUGAAGAGGCGUUAAAAAAUCUUCAACUUGAUAUUAAAGAUAUAAGAGGCCAGGGAUACGACAACGGUUCUAAUAUGAAAGGAAGACAUAAAGGUGUGCAAAAAAGAUUAUUGGAUCGAAAUCCAAGAGCAUUCUAUGUACCAUGCGGCUGCCACAGUCUCAAUCUUGCACUCAGUGAUAUGGCUGGUUGUUGUUCACAAGCUUCAACAAAACGCUGGAGCAUCUUAAAAGAUAAUGUGAGUGGCCUAACACUUAAGCCAUUGUCACAAACACGAUGGGAAAGUCGCCUUGAAAGCGUAAAACCAUUACUUCUUCAAACCGAAGAAAUAAGGAAGGCUUUAUUGGAUUUGGCUAAUAGCAAUGAAGAUGGGCAGCAACCAGUGAGGCUCUUGGUUUCCAAGACUCUUCAAAAUGAAGAAAUGCAUAUGGAUGUUGCUUUGGAACAGUUGAAAGGACUCAUUAUUCUCUUCGAAAAAUACAGAGAAACCGGAUAUGAGAAGGCCAGGAAUGAAGCUGAAGUUAUAGCAAAAAAAAUGGCUCUUACAUCAUUAAGGGUAAGAUUUGAAGAUUUUCAAAAGUUUGAAGACAUGUUUGGUUUUCUGUGGAAUAUAAAAAAAUGGAAACUUGUCGAUGAUGAAAGCUUGGAGAGUAGUUGUAUGAAACUUGAAGAACAUUUGAAAUGUGGUACAUUAUCUGAUGUUAAUGGGCGAGAUUUGUUUUCGGAAUUGAGAAUGUUAAGAGAACUUUUGCCAAAAGAGAUUGAAAAGGCAAUUGGAGUAUUGAAUUAUUUGAAAGAAAUGAACACUUGUUUCCCGAAUGCAUGGAUUGCUUAUAGAAUACUCCUCACUGUACCUGUUACAGUUGCCUCUACAGAGAGAAGUUUCUCAAAGUUGAAGUUGCUUAAAUCUUACCUUCGGUCAACUAUGUCUCAAGAAAGACUGAAUGGAUUAGCUAUUCUAUCUAUUGAAAAACAUAUUACAGGGAAUCUUGAUUUUACGAGCCUGAUCGAUAAUUUUGCAGCUAAGAAGGGGCCUCGUUUUUCGUCUUUCCCCUUCUCCGCCUUGGGCCUCUCGGACUCUAGGACCGGCCCUGACCCACAGUCAUAUUUGUCGAAUUCCGGCCACCCACAGUCUACUUCAACCAAAUCCGACCACCCCAGUGAAUUACGCUCCGGUUCCACCACCAACAGCCGCCGACGAAGUGUUUCAGAUGAAAACCCGGGUCUUUGA